CAAGUCGUCCCGUCCGCUCGGUGAAGAUGUCUGCGACGGGUACAGGCGGCUGUGGACCCGGACCCGGACCCACCUCGGGUACCGGGUCCGGGGCUUCCAAUCCCCGAAAGUUUAGCGAGAAGAUAGCGCUGCACACCCAGCGACAGGCCGAGGAGACAGCCGCCUUCCAGGAGGUCAUGAUGGACAUCACCUCGACCCGGCUUCAAGCCCAGAAGCUCCGUCUCGCCAGGAGUCAGGGUCCGUACUACGGCGGCUCGCUACCCAACGUGAACCAGAUCGGCAGGAACCCUCAGGACUUCCAGGGCUCCUUCCCCUCCACUCUGGAGUCCAACCGGUCCACUCGGCAUCACGGUCUGGUGGAGCGAGUCCAGAGGGACCGGCGUUUCAUCUCACCAGUGCGACCGUACCGCAACCGACAAGUGGACAACUCGCCGUAUAACUCCGCCUACCUGUCCCCGCCGCCUGACCCCAGCUGGAGAAGGAAUUGGUCCGGAAACUUCCCGGGGGAUAAAAGCCAGUUGUUUCGUCUCCCCACCACUGCACUCAACAGGACAAACUCUGACUCGGCCCUCCACACCAGCGUGAUGAACCCUCCCACAGGAGACCCCUUCACCACAGGAGGACCCACCCUCACCCCCCAGAGCAACAGACGCACCGGUCAGAGUGAUGGAGAGGGAAGAAGAAUGUUUCCGUACCCCGUUCCCCCCAUUGAGGAGAAUAUGUUGGAUGAGGGGAAACUGCUCAAACCCUGGGACACCAAGAAGUUGCCUCUGCUGUCGUCCCGACCCAAAUCCUGUGAAGUCCCUGGUAUCAAUAUCUUUACGUCCCCGGAGCAGCCGUCCACGCCGGCUCAUGGCGUCCCAUCGGCCCUAAACACCGGCGGCUCGCUGCCUGACCUGUCCAGCCUCCACUUCCCCUCCCCUCUGCCCACGCCGCUCGACCAGGACGAGCCCGGCUACCCAGGAUCCUCGUCUCUGAGCGGAGGGAGCAGCACGGGGAACCUGGCCUCCACCCUCACUCAGCUGGGCAUCAACGCCGCCAACGCACAGGGAGGCAACGGCAACUUCCACCACCACGCACCAGGUCUCCUGGCGUCUCUACAGAGCACGAUCAGUAACCCCUCCCUGCAGUCAUCGCUAAGCAACCCCAACAUCCAGUCAUCGCUCAGCAGCCACUCCUUCUCCAACUCUUUGAGCUCCGCCUCCCUGCACUCGUCGCUCAGCAACCCCUCGCUGCAGUCGUCCCUCAGCUCCUCCCCGUCCCUGCCGUCCUCCCUCAGCAGCCAAUCGCUGCACUCUUCCCUCAGUAACUCCUCCCUCCAGUCGGCGUCCAGCGGUAAUCCCGGCUACAGCAGCGGCGUGGGCGGCUCCAGCUCCUGCUCCUCCUCCUACUCGCCACUGCUCAGUGGACAGGGCCAGCCGUCGCUCAGCACGUCGCCACGGAGACGGGUGCAGCUCUCCCCGCUCAUCCUGCCCAUGGGAGGGGAGUCACGGAGGCAUCACUCCAAACAGUUCUCCCCGACAAUCUCGCCCACCCUGUCCUCUAUCACACAGGGCGUCCCUCUGGACACCAGCAAACUGCCUCUGGACCAAAGGCUCCCUCCGUACCCGCUCAGCCAGUCCCACCAGCACCAGCCAGGCUCCCACCCACCUCUCCCCGGUCUGCAGGGCUCCCAGCCAGGCCAGCAGCCCUCUCCGAUGAGCCAGCACCACCAUCAGCAGCUGCACCGCCUCCAGCGGCCCAACGCUCAGCAGCCGCCGCAGCAGCAGUCGCAGUCCAUGCAGCAGCUCCACAUGCAGAACCUACGCAACUCACACAACCAGCACAUGCAGCAGCACUUUGGAUCGCAGCAGAGGACGAUGGGGCAGCAGCUGAACUCGGCCAACUCGCAGCUGAUAAAGAACGAGAGGCCGAUGGAUCAGUGCGUCCAGAGCUCCUCUCAGUGUCACGUCAAACAGGAAGCAGAGCAGCAGGCGGAGCAGCACAGAGCCGGCGGCCUCCCUCAGCUCCAACAGAUCAGCCACAACCUGGCUACAGACCUUUACAACGAUGCCUUGUUCAACUCUCUACUGGACGACCCGUAUCUGAGUCUGCAGCUCACGGGAAAAUCCAACCAGCAGUUCACAGCAGAGAACCAGGGUGACGGUCUGUCGCUGAACCACAGCGGUCUGAGCUGCAGCAGCACCGACAAGAACCAGUACCCCUCCAACACCCAGGGCCACCUGGACCUGCAGGAUCCUGGGGACCAGCAGCUCCUCAACAACCAGAACCAGAACUACGGCAGCGGAGACGGACGACACAACGUGCCCAACAUCAUCCUCACUGGCGACUCCCCGCCCGGUCUGUCUAAAGAGAUCGCCAGCGCUCUGUCUCACGUCCCCGGCUUCGAGAUGGAUCCCUUCUCCCUGGACGACCCACUUAGGAUGGACCCCCUGGCUCUGGACAUGCUGGACGGCGACUUGAUGCUCGCCGACCCAGCUGUGGAGGACUCGUUCCGAUCCGACCGGCUGAAGUGACCCCGCAACCCCAUCGUGCUCCCGGAGCUCGGUGGGAGUCGGCGAAGGAGACGGCCACCCGGACGGAGGUGCAGAGGACCGGGAUGAGCGCCGCUCCGCCGCCCACUCACUGCUCCUCCUAUCAGACGGUCUGCAGAGCGAGGUGUGGAAGUAACCUGGGAAGUCUCGGUGAGAAGAGAUUUCUGUGCGAGGUCGAGCUGAAGGAGGGGUCCGUCGAAGGCACUUAACUGAAAACGCUCUCGCAAUGCUUGAAGUCAAGAAAAAAACCAAGAUGCUUCUCUUUUUAGGCAUUAGCUUGUACGAGUCUUAUCUGCAUGUUAAUGAAAAAUGCACUCGCGUUAAUGCAAACACGCAGGAAUAAAACCGCUCACGUGACGUCGGCUUUUUGUAAUGAAACCGUCUGUAAAAACCAGCAACGCUUGGAAGAUCUUGAAAAGAAUUAUGCAUCCCGAUACGCCGAGCUCUCCAACUGGUCUCCUUCCACCCGACAGCCGUGUUCGCCAUCUCUCCACAGGAAACACGACGUGUGAUUGGCUUGGAUUAUUUCACCCAGAACUCAUCCGGUUAGGAACCGAGAGGCCAAUUCUCUCUGCUUUAUCGGCCACUUUGACAGGAACUCAGCCAUGACUUUGAGCUCUAUAUAUUUUUAAAAUGAGAGUUUUUUCCUGCUUCGAUCGUCAGUUUAACAGCCUGAAAGCGGCUGUGAGAUUCUCCGCAGAACAAACUGGUCAAAGAAAGUUUAGUUAGUUGACGAGCAGAAGUGCCCUCUCAGGAGUGAGUACAGUGCUUAAAGUCCCUGAUAUGCUGCUUCUUUUUAAGUCUCGCUUAUCAGAAUAAUCAUAACGUUGCAGCUCAUUUGUGUCCAAUUAAAGCAGCUUUAAACCCUCGAAUGAUCCUGUGAUCACACACAACGCUUUCCUCAAAACGCUCCAGCUUCUCUACGCCUGGAGAAGUUCACUGAUCUGCUGUUCAGGACGUUACUAAAAAACAAUUUUAAAAAACAAGUUGAUUCACAAAAAGAAUUCACAGACAUACUUUAGUCUUUAAAAAUAACUUCUUUAUGACAGUUUAUCUAUAAAAAAAUGUAAAACUGGAAAAACAAAGAUUUUAUCAACUUUAUCAGAAAGUCAAAGAAAUCUGGUGACUCUUUUCUUGUUC